GCACACACUCAGAACUCACUCUUCACUUCAACUGCACCUUCUUCUCUAUUCUUUUCAGCUUGAACGUUGCUGACAAUUACUACAACCUGAAAAUGUCUACAGGAUACAGCAGAACAAAUAACCAGGAGCUGAGAAUGGUGAUGGUGGGGAAGACCGGCAUUGGAAAGAGUGCCACUGGAAACAACAUCCUGGGACGAAAAUGCUUUGAGUCCAAGUUCAGUUCAAAGUCGAUGACUGAGGACUGUUCUAAGGGCAAAGCUACAGUAGAUGGACAAAAGGUUGCUGUUAUUGACACCCCGGGCCUCUUUGACACCAGGUUUGGCAUGGACAAGACAACUGCAGAUUUAAGCCAGUGCAUCUCUUAUGCUGCUCCUGGACCCCAUGUGUUCCUGGUGGUGAUCGGACUGGGCAGAUUCACUGCAGAAGAGAAGCAGACAGUGCAAAGGAUUCAAGAAAUCUUUGGCCAGGCAGCAGACAGAUACAGCAUGGUUCUCUUUACUAGGGGGGAUCAACUUGACGAAGACCAAACCAUUGAGGACUUCUUAAAUGAUGACCAAGACCUGCUGGAGCUCGUGGACAGAUGUAACGGCCAGUACCAUGUCUUCAAUAAUAAAAAAAAAGAUCCCUCUCAGGUCACUGAGCUGCUCCAGAAGAUCAGAAGUAUUGUCCAGAAGAACGGAGGAAGCCACUACACCAACGAGAUGUUCCAAGAGGCUGAGAGGGCAAUCGAGGAGAAGAAACAACGCAUCCUGAAAGAGAAAGAAGAGCAAAUACGCAAAGAAAGAGAAGAACUUGAGAGGGAAGUACAGCAAAAGUAUGAAAAGCAGAUGAAGAAGAUCAGUGAUGAACUCCAGGCUGAGAGAGAGAGAGAGAAACAGGAGAGGAUGAGGGAGAAGCAGGAGAUGACCGAGGAGAGAAAGAGGGAGAAGGAGGAGAGAGAAGCAGAGAGAAAGAGAGAGAGAGAGGAAAAAGAAAGACAGCUGAGUGAAUUAAAGGAAAAGUUUGACAGUGAUCUGAAAGACCAGAUGCAAAAUCUGCAGAACCAGCAUGAAUCUGCGGCCAGAGACGAAGCAGAGCAUUCUAAUCCGUUAUAUUUUCUGGUAAAAGCUGGCCAAAGUAUUGUUAAUGGUGUGAGAGAAUUUGGAAAGGCAUUGAAAAGCUUGUUUGGGUGAGCGGUCCCACUUUCAUGUGGUUGAGAACAACAUGCCCACAGUUAUCUUAUCUGCUUGAAGGAUGAAAUGAUUUGUAUUUUCCAACUAUGCCACAUUAUUGUAUGUUUUUAUUAGAGGUUCAAAUGAUAUCAAUUCAUUACAAACAUUACGUUUGACUUAAUUAUUUUUAUUGUCUUUGAACAAUGGUGCUUUAUUCUCUGCUUUACUGUUAUCCAUCAUAUGAUAAAAAUGUUCUCACUGUCAUCUGAUGACCUUUCGGCUUUUCUUCAAAUAUGUUGACCUCUGCCAAUGUUUGUAUGAAAAGCCUGUUUAAUCUAAUGACUGUGAUCGUUCCAAGCUUGAAUAAUUCCUGUCAUCUCUUAUGUAAGAGCAUGUUCAGGAAAAAUUGUGUUAAAAAAAAAUCAAGAAAUAAAGAUGUGAAAAUCUGA